AAUAUAAUCAAUAGAUUGGUGAAAUACGUGUCGAUUCCCAUAUGCGAAUGCACAUGUUGCCAGCUGGGAAAAAGUGUACAACACCAAUAACUUGAUAAAUGAUUCUAAAAACAAAAAUGGAGUAAUAGAAAAUGUAAUAUUUUAGGGAUAUCCUAAUAGCUCUUAUUAGGAAAUUUCAAAUGGUUACUUGAAAAAUGUAACAACUUGUCUUACCCAAAAGACAUUAAACAAUUCAGUUAUAAAAUCAAAGCUGUGCAAAUUUUGAAAUAUACCAUUGCUAUAAAACAGCUGUCUGCAAGAGUUUGGCUAACAAAAAGAAAGAAUUUUAAGAAGAAAAUUUUUAUAAAAUGGCAGCGGCAGUUGACAUGCCGUCGCCAGCAAUCAGUCCUAGAGACCUGGAACUGGACACAGCUGAAGAUCCUGAGGGGAAUUUGUUUACCCCAGGACAUGAUAUCGAAGUAGAUGCCUCACCACUCACUUCAAAGACAUCUUUCAUCAGCCCUAAUCAUGAAGAAUAUGAAUAUAUUUGUGAUGUGAUCAAAGACAGAAUAGAAGAAGGACAAGGGGAGACAAUCUAUGAAAUAGGAACAGGAGAUGGAGAAACACCUGGUCUGAAUGAAGAAGAUCUCCAGGCUAGUGCAGCUACAUUGAAAAUGAUCGCUCAAACUUUAGGUUUGGAAAUGGUUCUGUUAAGGGACAAACGAGAAGUGGAUGGCUGUGUUCAUGAGUAUCUUCUGAGAAAAAAGUUAGAACCAUUGGACUUCAUGGAAGUUAGGGUUGCUGUAGUUGGAAAUGUAGAUGCAGGAAAAAGUACUUUACUUGGUGUAUUGACACACGGGGAGUUAGAUAAUGGAAGAGGACAUGCAAGGCAGAAAUUAUUCCGACACAAACACGAGAUGGAAUCUGGAAGAACAAGUAGCGUAGGGAAUGAUAUCUUAGGCUUUGAUGCCACAGGAAAAGUAGUCAAUAAACCAGAACAUGGAAACUUAGAUUGGGUCAGAAUAUGUGAAGAAUCAGCGAAGGUGAUAACAUUUAUAGAUUUAGCAGGCCACGAAAAGUACUUAAAGACAACAGUAUUUGGUAUGACUGGACAUGCACCUGAUUUUGCAAUGUUAAUGGUUGGAUCAAAUGCAGGUGUUAUAGGUAUGACCAAAGAACAUUUGGGAUUAGCCCUGGCAUUAAAUGUUCCUGUGUUUGUUGUUGUAACAAAGAUUGACAUGUGUCCUCCAAAUGUCCUCGCUGAAACCUUAAAAUUAUUAACCAGAAUUCUGAAGUCUCCAGGUUGUAGGAAGAUCCCUGUUAUGGUCCAGAACCAGGACGAUGUGAUCGUUUCAGCCAUGAACUUCACUUCUGAAAGAAUGUGUCCAAUUUUCCAAGUGUCCAAUGUGAGUGGAGAAAACUUACCGCUGCUACAAACCUUUAUGAACCUUCUAUCAACACGGUUAAAAAGUCUGCCUGCAGCACCAGCAGAGUUCCAGAUAGAUGAUACAUUUUCUGUGCCGGGUGUGGGAACUGUUGUAUCAGGGACUUUAUUACAAGGCAGUAUCAGGAUCAACGAUGUACUUAUGUUAGGGCCAGACGCCUUGGGAAACUUCCAACCAAUAGCUGUUAAAAGUAUACAUAGAAAACGAAUGCCUGUCAAAGAGGUCAGAGGUGGACAAACUGCUUCAUUUGCUCUUAAAAAGAUUAAAAGAUCAACAAUUAGAAAAGGUAUGGUAAUGGUAUCACCGAAGAUAGAACCUAAAGCAUGCUGGGAGUUUGAAUCUGAAGUAUUGGUGUUACAUCAUCCGACUACAAUAAGUGUCAGAUACCAGGCAAUGGUGCAUGUGGGAAGUGUGCGGCAGACAGCCACAAUAGUUCAUAUGACAAGGGAGCAUUUAAGAACAGGCGAUAAAUGUAAUGUGAGAUUUAGGUUUAUAAAAAAUCCUGAAUAUCUAAAGACAGACAUGAAAAUGGUGUUUCGUGAAGGAAGAACAAAAGCCAUCGGCUCCAUUAUAAAAUUACAUCCUCAUGUUAGUGCAGUGGCACAAAAUACGCGGCAGCAAAGAGCUCAGAAAAAAGCAAUGGAAGCAAAUCAUCAACUCAACCCAGCUAAUGAACCACAGAAACCUAGCAAAAAGUCAAAACGUGAUGUGUCAAACGACAUGUCCAACACAAACGACGUGUCAAACACAAAUGACGUGGCAAACACAAAUGACGUGUCAAUCACAAACAACAACAUUCAGCCUGUAGUGGAAGCUAGAGUUAAUUCCCCUACUGCAGUGGCAGUCGAGUCAUAAUUUUGUAAAACACAACCAAACAUAAAGCAUCCAUCAUUAUUUAUAAUUUUGAGUGAGCAUUUUCCUUUUUGACAGGUAAAAAGAACAGAAUUUAAUUGAAUAAAUAUUUUUAAAAAUUAA